AUGUUAUACUUCAUUAUAGCGAUUAUCACAUUUACAUCAUAUUUUAUUUUCGUACCUGAACUCCUUAAACAUUAUUGGCCAGAACAUGUUGAAAAUAGUAUAUUAUUAUAACCAAUUUUAUAGAAUAUUGGUUUCAAAUAAUAAGCAUGCAAGCUAUGCACAUAAUUGUUUACAUCAUAGUUAAUGCAUCCUAUGGUGUCAUCUAUUAUCUCAACCAUCCUUUCUUUGAAUAAUAUAAAAUUGAAAAAGUAAGCAAGUAUUUCACUUUAGAAACCUUGGCCGUGGCAAACAGAUAAACAAGAAUGGAAUAAAUUGAAAAAUGAGACUUUUAUCAACUUUUUCAUUAAUCUUAUAAUUGGCAUACUAUUAGCUAUGACUUUUGGUUUAACUGGUGUUAAAUAUAGGUAUGUAUUCUAAAUUAUAAACUUAAAGAUUUGAUCGUCAAUCUCUUCCUAAUAUAUGGGAAAUGAUACCUUAGUUUCUAUUCUGUAUAUUAAUCGAAGAUAUUGGAUUUUAUUGGACACAUCGCUUAUUACAUUUACCAGCACUUUAUAAAUAUCAUAAAUAACACCAUCAAUACAUUGUUACAAUCUCUAUAUCGGCAGAAUAUUCAACAGUUUUAGAAUAUUUAUUGAGUAAUCUUCUUCCAUUUAUUAUUGGUCCAAGAAUAUUGAAUGAAAAAUUACAUAUGAUGACAAUGUUGAUUUGGAUAGGAAUCAGAGUGUAUAAAACAUUAUCUGCACAUUCAGGAUAUGUAUUUCCUUGGGAAAUCUUUUAAUAUAUUCCAUUUUUAGCAUUUUCUGAAUUCCACUCAUAUCAUCACAGUCAUAAUAAUGGUAAUUUUGGAUCGUUCUUUAUUUUUUGGGAUUAUUUGUUUGGUACUUCAAACAAUUAUUAUGAAAAAAAACUGAAAGAUAAUUAUGGUAUUUUGAAUAUUUACAAUCCAUAAAAAAAAAAGUAAAUGAUAUGA